AUGACCUGGGACAGUUUGGCCCUCUCUGUUCUUAGGACCGCCUUGUUGUCUGCUCUGAAGGUGGAGUCUCGGGUCGUCAGUAGCGCACGCACCUUCGCAGUCAUCUACGGCUUCUGUUUGGAGCGUGUGGUGACGGCCUUGGAGAAAAGAAAGCAUCCCCAUCAGUUAGAGAGUUACUCUAAAUUGACUCAGAGUCAUAACAGCUCACAGAAGAGAAAGUGUCCUGCAAGUCCUCCUGCCGGUACCAGCAAGCAGCUCAAGUUGGAUAUGUCCAGCAGCAAACGAGUUUCAAAAGUGAACAUAAACAAAGCAGUGAUGAAGUUUGUUGUUGAGGGCCUUCAACCAUUCAGUGUGGUGGACCUACAAGCAUUUAAAGACCUAAUCCAGGACCUCCAACCCAAUGCCACCAUCAUGUCACGCCCCACUCUACGAUCAAGUAUAGCUGAAGCUACAAAAUCUAUGAAGAAGAAAUUGAUCGCGGCAAUGAGUGAGGUGGAAUACAUUGCAACCACCACAGACUGCUGGACCACCAGAAGGCGCAGCUUUAUUGGCAUAACAGCUCACUGGCUUGAUCCUGACAGUUUAGACAGGCACUCAGUAGCCCUAGCAUGUAGGCAGUUAAAAGGCUCCCACACUUUUGAAGUUUUAGCGGCUGCAUUAAACGACAUCCAUGCAGAGUACCAGAUCCGUGAUAAGAUCGUUAGAACAACGACUGACAAUGGGUCGAAUUUUCUAAAAGCAUUCCGCAUUUAUGGUGACCAAGAUGAAAACAACAAUGCAACGUACACUGAAGAGUUAAGCAACUCGGGUGAGGGAGAUGAUGAUGAGGAGGAGAUUCAAGAAGAGGAAGAAGUUGUUAACUACCAAGAAGUGGCAAGUAUGCUUGAUAUAGGCGAUGGCUUUGAGUAUCAUUUACCCAAGCAUCAACGUUGCGCAUGCCACCUUCUCAAUUUGGUGUCAACAGUAGAUGCUUUAAAGGCAAACUCGAAUGAGGCCUACAAAAAAGUGUCCAGAGCCACAUUUUCAAAGUGCCAGGCACUAUGGAACAAGAGUGCACGAUCCGCUUUAGCUGCAGAAACCAUCCAAGAUGCAUGCAAACUUCAGCUAAUAAGGCCCAAUGCAACCAGAUGGAACUCGAUGUUCCUUGCAGUGGAGAGAUUAGUGAGGAUCGUCAAAGAACAGGGAGAGGGAGCCAUCCGAGAUGUCUGCACAUCAUUAAAAAUUCCAAUGCUCAAUCCAACAGAACUGGCCUUUUUAACAGAAUACUCCGCAAUCAUGAGUCCAAUGGCCAAGGCCAUCGAUAUUUUGCAGGCUGAAACCAACAUACAAAUGGGAUGGCUUCUUCCCACUCUGACUCAACUGAAGGCAAAACUGGACCGGAUCAAGCCAUCAUUAAAGUAUUCCAAGCCACUUGUUGAUGCCAUUCAACUGGGUUUGAAGAACCGCUUCAGUGAAAUCUUGGAAGACCCAGAACUGAUUGCAGCCGCCAUCUUGCUGCCAAAAUUCAAGACGCUGUGGACCAAAGAUGAAACUGUCCUGAAAAAGGGACUGGACUAUAUCAAUCUGGAGAUGGAGCCCUUGCAUCCCCUCAGCAACUUGCAUGCCACCUCUUCUGAUGAUGACGACUUUUUCUCAUCCAUCAAGUCAAACUCACAAGAAAGCUCCAAAGAACUUGAGGGAUAUUUGGGAUGCUGUGCUGACCACACCAGUCUGCUGAAGACCUUUCCCUCAAUCUGCAAGUUGUCCAUCAGGUUAAACACACCCCUUCCUGCCUCAGCGGCUUGUGAGAGGCUGUUUAGUACGGCAGGACUUUUAUUUAGCCCCAGGAGAGCCAGGAUGGACUCCAGCAAUUUUGAAAAUCAGCUUCUGCUAAAGCUGAACAGAAGCUUUUACAACUUUGAAUAGUAAUCUGUUUAUCUUAAUGGUGUGUUCUGAAGAUUUUUCAACUUAAAGAGGUGGUUCUUCCUCAUUAAUAUUCUGAAACAGUCUUACCUUGUAUCUUGUUGAUGCAGCUAUUGAACAUGUCUAUUGUAAGUCUAACCCCCAUACUGCGUUACGUUAAGGUGCUUCAUUGUCUCUUAUGAUUGAAAAUCUAACAAAUUCUUAAUUGCAGUAUGUAAUCUAAUAAUUUGUUCAAUUAAAUAAUUGCAUAUCACUCCCAAAAAUUGAUCUGCUUAAUUAUUUAUAUUUACAGUUCAUUGGAAUAUUUACUUUUUACUUUCGAUACUUAAGUACUUUUUAAAUCGGAUACUUUUGUACUUUUACUCAAGUGAUGUUUGAAUGGAGGACUUUCUACUUUUACUGGAGUAA